AAACUUCAUUUUGAAAGAUAUAUGUUUAAUAAAGUUUGUAAAAAUUUCCUUGUGACGUUAAAAAAUAUUAAUUUUUUUUUUUUGUUUGUAAACAAAAAGGUCGUAUGUCAUAUUAUUUGCCACAUAAGGGGAUUUCCUUAAAAUUGCUAAACUUUUCCUCAUCGUAUGAGUAAAAUUAAUUUUUAAAUUACGUUUCAUAAAAUAAUUAUAUUGUUAUCUGGCUCACUUGCGUUUUUAUCUAUUUAUGUGAGAAUUUUCUCAUCUCUUGCACAGUAAUUUUUGUGAUGUCAUACAUUCUAAAGCAUUUCAUUUCAUAGAGGACUUAUAUAUAUUUAUUGUUUUGUUAAAGUAUAUUAUUUCGACUUUCGUGGAUAUAUAUAUAAAUAUAGACAAUGGAGUUCGAUCAUGAAGAGCCAAAGGGAAAAUCUGAUUGGACAUUUGGUAGGAUUUGUCUUUCACUGGUAAAUUUAGUAAAUCACAUAAUGAUAGGAUUUUUAACAAUUUAUAUUAUCUACUUGGGACGUAAUUUAUCAAAUAAUACAAAUCUUCAUGCGGUAUUGUCAACAGUUGGUUACGUUCUUUUGAUGUCCGAAGCCAUAGUCGUUCUCGCUGAGGAAAAUCUUUGGACAAACUUUCUAUCACGUCAAGUAAGCAAGUACAUUCACUGGAUUUUACAAGUUGGAGCUGCAGUUUUCAUUAUCGUUGGAGUUGGUGUAAAAUAUGAUAAAAAAGAAAAUCAUUUCCUCUCAACUCAUGCUAUUACCGGGAUCAUUUCUGUUGGUCUGAUAAUAUUUGUCGCUUUAACGGGAAUUUUUGCAUUAAACUCAGUGAAAUUGAGACGUAUUAUAAAGCCAGUGUUAUUUAAAUUAAUUCACAAUAUUUUUGGUAUUGGAUGUUUUGUUAUUGGUAUGACAUCAUUAUUAUAUGGUUAUGAGAAAAAAUGGAUGAAAGUAAAUGCAUCUUAUGAAAUGAAUUUAACUUGUGUAAUAUUAACAUACGCGAUUACAGUGUUUUCCCUUGUUGGAGCUUUGAGUUCUCUCUGUAACCAACUUGGUAUAAUCAGAUAAAUAAGUUAAUUUCGAAGAAGAAAAAAAAAAUGAUAUCAUAUAAUGUUUACGAGACAUAUAAUAACUUUUGAAAGCAAGUGUAUCUCACGCUGAAUAAGAAGCAACUUUAAAACCACCCCCUCCCCCCCAUCCCCCUUGGCAUGAAGUGGUUCCAUAAAAAUUUUCAUGCUACUAUGUAAAGCUUGUCUACUCAAGGGUUUAAGGAAGAGAAAUUUCAAAAAGUCUUUUUUGAAUAUGAAUUCCCCUAUUAUUAAACAAGAACACUUUCUUGAAAAACAUUUCUUUUUUUUUCAUCAUUUUUCUCAAUACAAAACAAAUCUUUAAAUUAUUUUUCGUUUUCUUUUGAAGAUUAAUUUUUUUUUAUCAUUAUUAUUAAUAUUAUUAUUAUUACGCAUUAGUACCUUUUAUUAUUAUUAAAAUCGAAAAAAUAUUUUUUUUAAUAACAAAUUUCUUGCUGUAAUAAAAACUUUAUUUUCCCUUGUAAUAAAAUUUUUUCCAAACAAGUAAAAAAUUUUUAUAUAAAUAAAAUAAGGAGAAUUUUUUUUUUUUUUUUUGAAAGAAGAAAAGAAAAAUAGUUUUAUUUUCAUUAAAAUCUUUUUGUAUAAAAAUUUUUUCAAAUCACUUUCAAUCGUCUUAAUUCAA